ACAUGACAUGAACAGGACCGUAGAGUCGAAGCGCUGUGCUCUUGUGGAAAAACUCUUUGGCAGCUUCAUGACGAGAUAUGGCGGAAAAAACACACACAACAAUAAACACUUUAGUUUAAACGUAAUUAAUGGCGCAGAAAUGAUGGAAAAGAAUGAAGUACCUCCGUCCUUAAACACCGAGGAAGAGUGUUCUGCAAAGGAUGAUAUCUGGUGUUUACAGCGAGUGGGGAGAGAUUGUGACUGGCUGCAACUGUUCGAAGAUUCAGAGGUUUCAAUUGGUCGUGGUCUGAAUGUGACCUAUCAGAUUCUGUCGGUCAGCUGUCCACUGAUGAUAUCCAGAAAUCACUGUGUGUUCAAACAAAAUGAAGCUGGACUGUGGACAGUGACGGACAAUAAGAGUCUGAAUGGUGUGUGGGUGAAUGGGAGACGGAUCGCUCCCGGAAGUCCUUGUUUACUCCACCUGGGUGACUCUGUCAGAUUAGGCGUCCCUCUGGACGGCAACCCCGUGGAGUUUGAUUACAUCCUCGUCCAGCGCAACUUCAGUGAAGUGAAAUCGUUCUUGUCUGGGAAUCAAGGCAAAGAAUCAAGCGCUGCCUCUUCCGGCCAAAAACUCAAAAACUCUAAGCGGAAGUUCGACGGAGAUGAGUCGGAAUCUUGCCCUACGCAGCACUCCAAAUCCAAGCUGUACCGCUCGUCCGGACCGGAUAAAUCCCGAGCCCAGCCCUGCCCAUCGGAGGACCGCAAAAAAUCGGAUAAAUAUUCCUCUAGACCUCUGGAGGAGGACAGAUCUGGUGAUGUUCCAGGAAGUUCCAGCAGUUGCAGAGAAAGCAGCCAGCAGCUAGCUACCGUCCACAAUUACAACAAGAACCUGAUGGUGUUGAAAGACCGUGUGGGCGACACGCAGAAACGUGCAGCUGAGCUUCAACGGCAGCAAUAUCAGACUCCAGAGCGAGAGUGUGAGAUGCAGGAACUGCAGGCGCAGCUGGAAUUGUUGCGGGGUCAGCUGAGGUCACAGCAGGAGCAGGCCCUCAAACGCAUAGAGAGCUUGGAAAAGUCCUUCUGUGAGGAGGAGAGACGAUUGGAGAUUGAGAAAGCACAACAGAAUGAGGAGGGCUUGAAAAAGCAGCUUGAGGAGGCGUUACAAGAGCACCGCAAAGUCAUCGAUGAGCUCAAACACGCACGGGAAGGAUUUAAAGAAGUUCUACAGGCCAAAGAUAAGGAGUUGGAAGUUACAAAGGAAGAGAAAGAGAAGGCGAAGGCACAGAAAGAGGAAGUCGUCACACAGAUGACUGAAGUAUUGGAGAGUGAACUUCAAUGCAGUAUUUGUUCAGAGCUCUUCAUUGAGGCUGUGACGCUGAGCUGCGCCCACAGCUUCUGUCAGCACUGUAUCCGAGAGUGGCGCUGUCGGAAGGACAAGUGUCCGAUGUGCUGGCAGACCAUCCUGUCUCAGACACGCUCUCUCGUUCUGGACAACUGCAUCGACCGCAUGGUGGAGAAUCUGAGCGCAGACAUGAGAGAGAGACGAGCCGCACUGAUCACUGAGAGGAAAGGUCUGAGAGCGGCCGUGGCUCCAGCCGUGGUGGUCAUACCUGAUGACAGCAGCAGCAGCGACACAUCCAUACAGAGCAACAGCUCUACAUUCGAGGACUCCUCCGAGUUGAACUCUUCUUUGCUGUAUCACUCCAGUGAUGAAGACCUGUCCUGGAGUGAGGAGGAGGAGGAGGAGGAGGAGAAUUACCUUUGAGAAAUAAACAGACACUUAUUUGUGAACGUCACGUGCACCGUUUGUUUGGUUUUGUUUUGCCAUGAUUUUUGUUUAUGUUUGUUCCUCACAGUAUCAUAUUUGUUAGGGUUAUUCCUUAUUUAAAUAAAGCAACUAUUAUAAUUGUUUUGCACUAAGAUGUUUUAGUCCUGAAUAAGUGUAUAUACCCUGAAGGCCAAUAAAUCACACACAGUCGCAGUCGAACACAAGAGGGCAGCAGUGUGAUAUGAAUGUUUGUAAAUGGUGUUAAAAUUAAAUCAAUAUCACUGCUGAACUUCUAUUUAGCAUCUGUAUUUGAUUCUGGACUGUUUUUUUUUUUUGUUUUGCAUUGUUUAUGUAUUAUUAUUAUUGUUUAACCUUUGCUGGUUUGAUCGUAAUUUAUGCUUAAUGGGCCCCAUUUCUGUAAAAUAAGGAAAAGGAAAAGAGAUAUUGUCCGGGUUCAAAAUAAGUUAAACUCAAUUAGCAGCAUUUGUGGCAUAACGUUGAUUACCGCAGAAAAUAUUUUCGACUCGUCCCUCCUUUUCUUUAAAAAAAUACAUAAAUCUGUUACAAUGAGACACUUAAAAUGGAAGUGAAUGGGGGUCAAUCCGUAAACGUUAAAAUACUGUUUAAAAAAAAUACAGACACAAGACGUAAACAGUAUGUGUUAUGAUUUUUGUGUGUUAAAAUCACUUACUAACUGCAUCUGUGUAAAGUUAUAUCCAGUUUUACUACUUCCUGCUAUGACGACGUAACGCCAUAAACCCUAAAACCACAUUUUAAACAACUUUACAGCUCAAAUAAUAUAUACGUUUUACAAGAAGAAUUAAUGUAAAUGCUUUAAUAAAAGUAUAAGCUUCACAUUUCUGCCUUUUAAACCCUCCAAACAUUAACUAAAGGCAAACUUUUGGAAAAUUAGCUUUUUUUGUACUCACAAAAUGUAUCAAGAUUGAAAAAAUGUCAUUUAUUUUUAUUAAUUAAUGACGGAGCAACAUAAUUCAUUUGAAAAGAAAUGAUAAAGGAAGGUUGUUUUGAUGAAAAUUAUUAUUUUAUUUUAUUUUUAAGUGACAAGUGGGCCUGGAGUAAAAGGCCCCCCACAUUUGGGGGAAAAGCCCCCCAGGGGGGUUAUAGUAAUAUCGUGUAAAAUAUUGGGAUUAUAUUUAAUAGUUAAAGGGCAAAAUUGGUCAACUUAGGCAAAUACUUUUGAGACAGGUUGCUCUUUUAAGUAGCAAAUUAAGAUAAUGCUUAUUAAAAAUAACCACUUUAGAAAAUAAUUAACCAUUUCUAGUUCAUUUCAAUCACAUUUGGCAUUUCAUAACAUCUCAAGUAUUCUAUAAACAAAUUAAUCUCCAUUGUGAUUGGAUCAAAGUCAAUAUAAGCACACAUUGAACAUUCUUCAUAACAAAUCUAUUCGCCCCACUUAAGAAAAACAACAUGUUUUGUUGGGGGGGGGGGUGCUUUAGCACCUGCAACAGAGGGGCUUUUUACCCCAAAUACUAUCCUUAUACUUAUUGGACAGUAAUUAAAAUUUUUUAUUUAAAAAUGAUUAAAUCACAAAACUGAAAAUGACAAAGUAUUGAAGUAUUUUUUGUUUCCAUUAAUCUUGGUAUAAAUAUUGGGGGGUUGUACUUACUUGUUUUGAUUAUUGGGGGGGUUACCUCCCCCCCAUCCCCCCUGGAAAGAAGCGUGCAUCUGUCGGGUGGCAUUACACUGGCAUGACUGUGUCGGGUCGCUCCCGGGCUGCAUACAGGCCAUGGCUCUUAAAUUCUCGUCGCUGAUGUGUCAUAAAGAGAAGUGUUCCAAUGACGCUCUCGCCUGAAACUCUGUCUUUGUCAACACUGUCAAGUUGCAUUGGUAGUUGGUGUUUUAUGUCGUAGUAUGAGCAACUUUCAUUCUCUAAGGACAUUUAAAUAAAAUAGUAAAACCAUGAGAAGCACUUGGCUGAGGUUAAGGGUCAUGCUUAUAAUGUUCAGUUUGUGACAUCUGCUUUGUGGGGUGUUUAUCUAUACAAGCACUAUUCUAUGGUUUUUCCACUGUCAAAAAGAGACACUAAAAAGGGUGCC